AUGUCCGAUUCACGCCCAGGACCGGUUUCACUAGCACGAUACCGGCCUAUUCUCUACCUCUUCACUGGUGUUGCUGCUGCUUAUGCGAUUUUAUAUGUUCACAGUACUAUCCUCUCGCAGCCAUCGUCAGCUUCACUCCGGCGUCGAAAUGCUGUACGCCGCACCAGACCAACGGAUGGUGAAGAACUCGGAAUCAACGAUACCCCCUCCUACCGGGCCAUUGCCCACCUUGAACAACUAGAGCGUCAAAAUGGGGUAUACGGAACAUUUCGCAUCGAGACCGAGGAUGGGCGUCGCGUGGAGAGCGGUCUUCUUCCAUCACUCCUCGCAACACGCGAUCAACUGAUGGAGGAAGUGGGCGUCCCACCUGCCCAUGCAGAGCGCAUGCGCGAGAUGAUGGAGGAUACCUUUCUUGAAUCAUUCCUUGCGCUAGAUUUUCCAUCUGCGCACACCCUUCCCGCGGACAGCCAAGAAAGAACAUACUUGACAGAGCAACUACAACGUCGAGGCAUCUCUCGAGCUGGUAUCGAAAGAGCUCUGGUGCGAUUCAAUGCAGAUGUGAACUAUGGAGAAGAGCUGCGCCGCCGCCGUCAGAAUGGAGAACGAGUCACUCUCUCCACUUCUACUUUCCCAGAUGUGUCUGCGCCGCCACAAAAUCUUGACGGUGGAGAGACUGUAGUGGAUGAUCAGAGUGUUUUCUCAUGGCGUGAUGGAAACAAUGAUCCUUCUAAUCGGGAAGGCCAGAAUUUACUCAACCUUCUUUAUCACAUCGCCGAGGAUCAGGCCCGGAGGGAUGGUUACAUCCAUCGGGGAGUCACUUGCAACAGCUGUGGCGCCAUGCCGAUUCAGGGUAUCAGAUAUCGAUGUGCCAAUUGCAUUGAUUACGAUUUGUGCGAGACGUGUGAGGCAAUGCAGGUUCACAUCAAAACGCAUUUAUUCUACAAAGUCCGGAUUCCAGCCCCAUUCCUAGGAAACCCUCGUCAAUCCCAACCUGUAUGGUAUCCUGGAAAGCCUUCAAUGCUCCCACGCAGCCUUCCACGCCCGCUUGCCAAGCGUCUCAUGAAAGACUGCAACUUCGAAAACACGGAGCUUGAUGCACUUUGGGAUCAGUUCCGCUGUCUGGCAAAUUACGAGUGGGCGGAUGAUCCAAACAAGUUGCAUAUGGCCAUUGAUCGCAAAACAUUCGACCGAUGCUUUGUGCCUAACACUUCGAUCCGGCCGCCGCCUCCUAGUCUCAUUUAUGACCGAAUGUUCGCAUUCUACGACACCAACGGAGACAAUCUUAUUGGAUUUGAAGAAUUCCUUAAGGGCUUGGCCAGUCUCAAUAAUGAAAGCAAUGAUGAAAGAUUGCGACGUGUGUUCCGUGGCUACGAUAUCGACGGAGAUGGCUUUGUCGAGCGAAAGGAUUUCCUCAGGGUUUUCAGAGCAUACUAUGCGUUGAGCCGAGAACUUACCAGGGAUAUGGUUGCUGCAAUGGAGGAUGACUUCCUGGAGGGUGGAGCCCGUGAUGUGGUCCUUGGUAGUCAGCCUAUUAGCUCGGCAUUUCCUGGCAGCAUCCCUUCGGGCGAACGCUCUCGCACAGAUGAGGGCAAGCGCAUGAACCUCGAGGGAGACAUGGAAAUUGUCGAUAACGAAGGAAUCUUGCGACGGGAUGGUGAUGAUACUGGAGAUCGACAUUCGGUCGUGGGUGAUGCUGCUGUCAGAACACAGUUCAGUCGAAUGAGACCAUUGUUUCCGUCUACCCUACGCCUAGCCCCCAAUGAAUCUACUCCUCGUCAAGCCGUGGAGAGUGACCAAAAUGACGAGGACGGGGAUGAUGAGGACGGUGCUAGCGAUACCAGUGGAUCAGAUCAAUCCAGCUCCUCGGUGGCCAGUGGGACUUGGCCACCACCUGAACAUAUCCUUGAGGAAGAUAUCAUCGAGGCUCUCGGCACCUAUGUUCCUCCUCACGAGAUUACCGAUCCAAUCGAUCGGGCUCGUGUCGCCGAUGCCGUUUAUCACAGAAUGCGCGAGGAUGAUCAGAGGCGAGUAUUUGACGCUCGUCAGCGUGGAAUCGAGGAGCGUUGGAGGCGCCGAGCUUUCUACACGGAUGAAGAAGAUGGCGCCACUGCUCCAGAGGGCUAUGAACAAGAUCUAGAUGUCGAUGACUCCAGUGAUGAAGACUUGGAUGACCAUGAAUCACGCCCACCCUCUCCCCGUUCGCGGUCUUCAUCAAAAGUGCGAUUCCAGGAUGAUCUCAAUGAUGAUGACUAUGACGUUCGAUCCAACCCAUCAACCUCGUCACGAAGUAUUCCCGUGGGUGAGCGAUGGGGUGGGUUUGAGAUCCCAGAAGUUGAAAAGGACCUUGGAAAGGAAAUUCUAUACCAAGUCACACAACAAGGAUUCAACGAGCUUCUUGAUAUUCUUUUCAAGCCAAAGGAGGAUCUUCUAAUGGAAGUCUAUCACACACGAGCCGAUCGUAAGAUCUGGGCUCACGAGAUUGAACUCGUGGUUAAAGACGAGCCAUUGAAACGCUCCCCAAAGGAGGUUGCUCUAGUUGAGGAGGAACUCGAGGAAAUUAUCAGUGAACGCCCACUUGACGAGCUCUUGCAACGUGCUGGUUACGGCGUUCAGAGCCCAGUCCUAGCGCCUGCUCACACCGGACCAACGCUGGCUCCUCCAUCGCCAGAUGUGUCCGCCUUGGAUAAUGACGACGACAAUGAUGAUGAUGACGAUGAUCUGCGGCCCACUCAUCUCGCUGAUCCCGAGAGUGACACCGGACUCGGGCAAGUGCGACCCUUUGAGGAAUCCGAUACAGCCUCCACAGCCUCUGAUUAUGACGACGACAUCACUGUGUCGCAAGCAUCCGAUGCCGGGCAGUCCAGCCUACAUAUUGAAGAUGAGACAUUCUACUUUGACCCAACACUCCCACAAUAUCGUCCCGACACGGAAACACUAAGGCCCUAUCUUUAUGUAUCUGCGGGGCCAACCGUGCUGCAAAUGAUUGAUGAACCCGAUUCCGAACCCGAAGAAUCACCAAGCACAAGCACAACUCUUGAUCUCCCUGUUCAGCUUCAACUACAACCCGGAACCCCUUCUCUUCCCGCCCCAUCUUCUCCCCGCUCUUCCCCAGAAGCUGAAGCUACAGCCCCCAAGCUUCCUCCCUCUCCUAUGCAACCUCUCCCGCCCCCUCACCGUGUCAAUGACCAGACUCAUGAAACUGCUGCCCCGCGUCGACCUUCCCCCCAGACUCUGGCCCGCUGGGCCUACCUGAACCAAGUAGAGCGCGAAAGCAAGGAACGCGGUGGCAAUGGUGCGAGACUCAACUUUGAAGAAUUCUCGCGCCGCAUGGCUGCUGAUCGGGGUCGCCGACUGGCAUUUGUGGCUCGUUGGAUUGAGAUGGCUAGCUUUUGA